UGCCACGUCAGCAACAGUGCCAUGUCAGCAAUACCACGUCACGGUCUCAGUUCUGGGCAUGCCAGGCCAACUGGCCAAUGAGUCCAUUGCCGAGUACCGACAGCGGUUCGAAGCUCAGCUCGCACUGAUCGAGGCUGAGGAACAGCGUCAGGCGGCAGCCGAGGCUGCCCGCCUACAGGCUGAAGCGGCGGCGGCAGCAGCUGAAAAGCAGUGGCUUCAGGCCGAAGCAGACACAGAUACCCAGGCACGCCGCAAGGAGGCCCAGGAUCUGCUAAAGCGGCAUGAAGCCGCCAGCAUCGAAAAGCUCAAGUUCUGGCAUUUUGAACCAUCCGAGCACCACGAAGACGUGACACCGGAGGAGCAGCACAAGGAGUUUCUUGCCAAACUUGUGACCCGGUUGGUUUACACUUGUAACCACCUGCAGUCCGAGCUGGCGAAUCUCCGACGGGCGGUGCGGAACCACAAGGAUCUGCACGAGGAUGCUACACGGGCACUUGAUUCCCGUGUACAGGACUUGGGGCUAGUUGCACCAAGACCGGAUGCUAGCGAGUCCAGCAGUGCACCCUCUACCUGCCAAUUAGAGGAACGAGUUGACCACGUAGUCGCAAUGCCCGACGACAUCAGCACCUUCGCUGCACCAGCCACCAUCAGCAAGCAGCUGGACACCUUGAAGACCGAGGUUCAGCAACUGCACCAGCUGCCCAACAAGGAUGGCAACACCAGUGCGCAGCACUACAAGAUGCCGACAUUCCGCAUCGAAAAGUUUGAUGAUUAUACGCAUCAAGACCCGGUCCCCUGGUGGGAGGGCUUUACGAUGGAACUUCGGAUUCUUGUCGUCCCCGAGCACUCGUACAUCGGCGCGUUGUUCCUCAACUCAAAGGGCAGGUGCCAGAUAUGGCUCAGCCACCUGGCAACCAUCCACGGUAUCGAAGUCGUCGAUCUACAUAAGAAGAUCUCUUGGGACGAGUUGACGAAGCUAUGAAAGAAGCGGUUCAUCGUGGACGAUGCCCUAGGGCCCGCCAUCA